UCUGACCAGACAACACGACGGCUCAGCGCCUCAUAAACUGACCAUGACUCGGACCGUCAACGUUUUCUUCGUACGCAGGUUUGACAGUUUCCCGUAAGAUCCACCAGCUUUCACACCGUCCUCGUUUUUACCCGCAGAUAAAAGCCGGCAGUGUGUCGGCCUCCCCCCGCCUUUGAGAGCACCGCCGGGACGGAGCCGUGUUUUGAGUUCGGACGGUUUCCUGUCGAGCGCUUACUCCUCGUAGCUUCCACAGCGGGAGGAUGAACAGCCAGAGAUGUAGCACUUUAUUCCUGAAACCAAGAGGACGGACGAGGAUUAUCCAGUGCAUCUAUGUGGUGGGCUUCAUGGACCUGUUUGGGGUGAGUAUGAUCAUCCCGCUGCUCAGCCAUCAUGUGAAGGCUCUUGGAGCAAGUCCCACCGUGGCUGGUAUAGUAGGAUCCACAUACGGCAUCUUGCAGCUUUUCUCAAGCACAGUAGUUGGCAGCUGGAGCGAUGUGGUGGGACGGCGGUACUCUCUGCUGACCUGUCUGCUGCUCAGUGCUCUGGGUUACGGCCUCCUCGGGAUGUCCACCAGCAUUGCUUUAUUUGUCCUUGCACGGAUCCCUGUGGGGCUCUUCAAGCACUCCCUGUCCAUCUGCAGAGCGCUGCUGUCUGACCUGGUGUCGGAGUCGGAGCGCCCCCUGGUGAUAGGACACUUUAACGCAGCCUCCAGCGUGGGCUUCAUCCUGGGUCCUGUGGUGGGAGGCUACCUCACCGAGCACGAAGGAGGCUUUUAUACCUCCUCCUUCACUUGUGCUGCCAUCUUUCUCAUUAAUGCUGGGCUGGUAUCGAUGCUACCAUGGAGCGAGACGCCAGCCAACCGUAAUGAUCUCAACUCCAGCAACCAUUUGAGUAAAGGUUGUCCUGAAAACCACUUUAGCAAGUCUAUACACAACGGCUCUCAUGCAAAUAACCACCACCUAGUGCUGAGGGCAAACACUGAACCGGACUGCAGAGCAGAUGGGAAGCUCCGUGGUGGUUUCAGGUGGACAGACAUGUCUCUGUCCCAGCUUGUCUGGAGACAGCUGUCCUCCGUGGGCUCCAAGAUCCACAUGGUGGCCUUGUCGGACAUGUGGGACCUCUUCCUUGUGCGUCUUCUGAUGGCCGUAGCCAUCAUGCUCUACUACAGUAACUUCUCUCUGGCCAUGGAGGAGCGUUUCUCACUAAAGCCGAAGGUGACGGGUUAUCUGAUCAGCUAUAGCAGCACUUUAGGGGCCCUGGCUGGGUUCCUGGUGGGACCGGUCACCCAGCUCUAUGGGAACAACAUGUCUGCCCUGCUGUUCCACUCCACAGUGCUCACCGGCUCACUCAUCUUCCUUUAUGCUACUGCGCCCAGCGUGUGGCAGGUGCUGCUCACCUCCACCUUUUUUGCCGUUUCUACCACCAUUGGACGGACAUGCAUCACUGACCUGGAGCUGCAGAGGGGAGGCGUCCAGGCCAGCGGGACUCUGAUUGGAGCCGGACAGUCAGUUACAGCUGUGGGUCGAGUCCUGGCUCCUCUGCUGUCCGGUCUGACCCAAGAGUUCAGCCCCUGUGGCCCUCCCAGUCUGGGGGUGGUGCUGGCUUUAGCAGCUGUAGGUUUACUGCUGAUCAGGAUCCCCAGAUGGGAUGGCAGAGGGAUGAAAAAAGCUGCCAAACUCUGAAACUAACUGAAUUUUGAAAUGUUAAAAAAAUCAGUGCUUGGAGAAGUGCUCUUAUUUGAAGGAGGCAGACUGUGACGUUGAACAGCAGACUCAGCGGGAGAAGUGGUUAUUUACCAGGAUGCCUCCACCAGAUGUUCCAUCACAGGGGAACCAGCACUGCAGUCAUUCUCUCAGGAACAGUGGACUCAAACAUCAAUGCAGCGUCAUGAUGAGGACAGAACUACAGAGUUUCAUGUGCUUCCCAACAUGCUGAAGUUUGACCAGACAGAAACAUGUGAGCUUUGUCUCGGCACAUACUGCUGAUGACCACUUGAUUGGCAGAAAUGUACACUUUGUUUGUACAUAUUUUACCUCAACACCCGAGGGGUGUACUACGAAGUGAGAUCAGUGGGUUAGUAGCUGACCUGCUCAAGAGAAGGUUCAGUUCAGAGUUUGGGAAUUAAAUCGGCUAUAAAAAGCGCCACCCUUUCACCAGUUUGUUUCCUAAAGAUUCUUGAUUUAGAUUCUUACCUGAAGGAAGAAGUUAUAUCUGCAAACCUGUUGAGCAUACUUUAGUAUUUCCACUGAGUAGUCACUGUUUGCAUUGCAUUGGCAUAAAAGCAUGAAUAUGUUUUUGUGCUUGGUCCUGAUUGGCUGCCAAGUCAAUCGAUUAGAAAAUUGAUUGGUCUUUUGCUAUUUAUCACAGAACAAAAGUGAUGAUGUCCGUAUAUUUUCUGUUACAAGGCAUCAUCAGUCCUAAAUGCACUUGUUGAAUAUCAUGGUUAAAUGUAUAAAGUUAAACAGCUAUCUUUAGAAAUAAGCAGCUGCUUUGAGAGUGCACUAAGAAAAGAUGUACGUCAACUUACACCAUUAACCCUCCUGUUGUCCUUAUGUACGGGAACCAAAAAAUAUAGCUAAAAUAAAAUAAAAUUCAGAAAUUCAGCAAAAAAUUCCCCAAAUUUCAGAAAAUUUGCAAAACCUUCAGGAAGAAAAUUCCAAUAAUUCCUUAAAAGUUUUAUUUUAAAAAAAAAAAUCCCCCAAAUUUGGCAAGAAAAUUCUUGUAAAUAUUUUCAAAAAAUUUGUAAAAAUCUUCCAAAAAAAAUUAGAAAAAUAUCUAAAGUGAUUCCAUAUAUAUCAGUAAAACUUCAGAUAUUUUCUUUAAGAACAUUCACAAAAAAAAAUCAACCAAAAUCCAGUGAAAUUCACUGGAAUUUGGGUGUUUUUGUGAACGUUCUUAAGAAAACAUUUUUAACAUUUCUUUUUUCCACCAAAAAAUGUUCCAAGAUUUCCCAAUAAUGUUGAAAAUGUGGACAUCAGAAGUUUCACUUUGAAAAUAUUUUUUGUUCCACAUUUUCAAACUUUAAAUCGGGUCAAUUUUGACCCACAGGACGACACAAUCGUUAACUAUCUUCUACCAGCAUUCCUCUCUUGUAUUAUUUGACAUAACAGCACUUUUUUAACCGUAACAAAUGUUAUUAUUCGUCAUAGAUCUCCAUUAUAACAACAUAUUCCUUUUUACUGAAGCCGGCCGCACACAGUCUUUACAUUUUAUUUAAAAAAGGAGGCAAAUGAUGCCUCAGAUGCCCUCUUUAACAAGAGAGCACAGAGAGUGAUGAAGAGAAGCAGCUAAUUCAGAGAAAGCCUGGCUGUGUCUGACUUCAUGCUACACCCCUCCACUGUUCUUCAAAUACAGUCUAUCACAAAUGGUUCCUAUGGUGGUAUAUGGGUUUUACAGUUAUAGAGAUUUGUUCAUUUAUCUGAGGAGAUGUUUAAAUGUAUACUUAAAGUAGUAGUUCUUUAUAUUGUCUGUUUUUCUGAGCACCUCUUUUUUUAACAACUCAAACACUACGUGGACGAGAAGGAGAAUUUGUCUUUUACAUUUACGUAAAGACUUCCUGAAUCCUUCAGGUACAUACCUGAAAAAUGCCAAAAAGUCACAAGGAAUAAACAACUGUUUGUAUUUUUGA